UCCUGCGCCAACUUCAUUCAGGGGGAAGCACAUGCUGCAGACUCACCAGAGGGAGUAGACAAACAAAGCUCACAGUCCGGACUCAUUUCUUCCUGGUGGAUUACUUCUCUCAAGUCCCUUUUUUAGACAUGGAAACGUCCUUUUCUGUGAGCUCUCUCGUCCCGUCCCUGCUGCUCUCUCUCCAUCUGCACUGCAGCCUCCUCGCUUGGGCCGCAAUGGACUCCUGCUCCGACGAGGCCGGCGGCCCGAGCCGCUGCAUGCCCAAGUUCGAGAACGUCGCCUUCAAUCGCAGCGUGGUGGCGUCCAACGCGUGCGGCUCGCCGCCCGAGGACUACUGCAUGCAGACCGGCUCCACGCGCUCAUGCCACCGCUGUGACGCGUCCGACCCGGACCUGAGCCACAGUGCCGGCCUCCUGACAGACUUCAACAGGAACGAGGAGCCCACGUGGUGGCAGAGCCAGUCCAUGUACUACGGAGUCCAGCACCCGAGUUCUGUCAACCUCACCCUGCACCUGGGGAAGGCCUUCGAGAUAACCUACGUACGAUUGAAAUUCUACACCAGUCGGCCGGAGAGCUUCGCCAUCUACAAGCGCACGGAGGAAGGUGGCCCCUGGGUGCCUUACCAGUUCUACAGCGCCUCGUGCAGGAAGACCUACGGGAAGGACGCCGGGGCCUACAUCCGCCCGGGGGAUGACGAGAGGACCGCUCUGUGCACGGACGAGUUCAGCGACAUCUCCCCCCUCACCGGGGGAAACGUGGCCUUCUCCACCCUGGAGGGGCGGCCCAGCGCGUACAACUUCGACCAAAGCGCAGUGUUGAAGGAAUGGGUCACAGCCACUGACCUGCUCGUCUCUCUGGACAGGCUUAACACCUUUGGAGACGAGUUCUUCAAGGACGCCAAAGUGUUGCGCUCGUACUUCUAUGCCAUCUCCGAUUUCUCCGUGGGCGGCAGAUGUAAGUGCAACGGUCACGCCAGCGAGUGCGUGGCGUCGGAGCGCCGGGGCCUGGUGUGCUCCUGCCAACAUCACACGGCGGGGGACGACUGCCAGAGAUGUCAGCCCUUCUACCAGGACAGGCCCUGGUUCAGGGCCACGGGGGACUUCGCCAACGAGUGUCUGAGGUGCAACUGCAGCGGGAGGUCCGACGAGUGCGUGUUCGACGCCGAGCAGUACCGCAGCACCGGCAGCGGGGGGCGCUGUGUGAGCUGCAGAGACAACACCGACGGGCCCCACUGCGAGCGCUGCAGGCGGAACCACUACCGGGCGUCUGCCGAGGAGCCCUGCCUACCGUGCAACUGCAACGUUAACGGUUCGGUGAGUCUGCAGUGUGAUGGAGAAGGCCGGUGUGCGUGUUCAGCCGGCGUGACGGGGGAGAAGUGUGACGCAUGUCGGGCUGGCUUUCACUCGCUCGGCCACGGCGGCUGCAGGCCCUGCGAGUGCGACCCCGGCGGCAGCGCGGGCGACUGCUCCCCCCUCGACGGACGCUGUCCCUGUAAGCCCAACGUGGAGGGGCACAGCUGUGACAGAUGCAAGCCGGGCUUUUUCAACCUCGAGCCGGUGAACCCGGCCGGAUGCCAGGCGUGUUUCUGCUUCGGCCACUCGCUGGCCUGCUCCUCCUCCUCCGACCGCUACGCCGCCGCCAGCAUCGCUUCUGACUUCCUUGAAGACCAGGACGGCUGGCUGGGAGAGUUCUCCGGAGGGCAGGAGUACCCCCUGCUGUGGAAGGAAGGCGAAGUCUACCUGCUGCCUCUCAGCGAGGAGGACGUCGGCUUCUACAAAGCCCCCGAGAAAUUCCUGGGUCAGCGAGUCUACAGCUACGGGCGGCUCCUCUCCGUCACCUUCGCCUCGGAGAUCGCCGAGCUGCUCCCCCGCCGCGUCACCUUGGUCCUCCAAGGCGCCGGAGUCGCCCUCGCCGCCGACCUCUCACCCCAGCCGGCGCACGCCGGCGGCAGCGACGGGGGCCGCACGCCGCGGCGCUCCUUCGUCGUCAGGCUUCAUGAAAACGAGAUGAGAUUCACACCUCCAUUGUCUGCCUCUGCGUUCCAACGACUGCUAAACAACCUGACAGCGCUCCGAAUCAGCAACGCCGGAGGACACAACUACACGUCGCAGCUUGCGGGGGUCGCGCUGACCUCGGCGCUCCUCUCCUCCGGCCCCGCCCACCCUCCUGCCCCGUGGGUGGAGUCCUGCUCCUGUCCCCCGGCGUUUGCGGGCCAGUUUUGCGAGCGGUGCGCCCCUGGCUUCACCCGGCGGGACCCCGCCGGAGGACCUCUCUCGCCGUGCGUGCCGUGCAACUGCAACCAGCACGGGACCUGCCAUCCAGAGACAGGCGCGUGCGAGUGCUCAGACUUCACCGCCGGGACGACCUGCGAGCGCUGCCUGGACGGUUACCACGGCAACGCCGUGAUUGGCACGCCCGGUGACUGCCGGCCGUGCCCCUGCCCGGGCCUCACCAGCUGUGCCGAAAUUGCCAAGACGGGACAGGUGGUCUGCACCAACUGCCCCGCGGGACAGACGGGCAUGCGCUGUCAGAUGUGCGAAGACGGUUACCACGGCGAUCCCCUGGGGCAAUCGGGCGCGGCUCGCCCGUGCGCCCGAUGCGACUGCAGCGGCAACGUGGACUUCAACGCGCUGGGGACUUGUGACCGCAUGACCGGGAAGUGCCUGAAAUGCCUGAGACACACCGAGGGCGACCACUGCCAGCGCUGCCAGCCGGGUUUCUACGGCGACGCCCUCAACCAGGCCGCUGGUUGCAAGCCGUGCAGCUGCAAUCCUGGAGGAACCUCUGGACAUGUGAAUGAGUGCCACCCCCAGACAGGAGAAUGCCAGUGCCUCGGCCACGUGACCGGACGGGAUUGCGGCUCUUGCGAGGUCGGCUUCUUCAACCUCCAGCCAGGCGUGGGAUGUGAGAGGUGCAAGUGCAAUCCGGUCGGCUCGCCGUCCGUGGCGUGUCAUCCCACCACAGGGCAGUGUGUGUGUCGAGCCGGGGUGGAGGGGCGCCUGUGCGGCUCCUGCCGCGUCGGCUUCUUUGGAUUCUCCUCGCGAGGCUGCAGAGCCUGUAACUGUGACCCAAUGGGCUCCACCUCGAUGCAGUGUCACGGUAACGGCACCUGCCACUGCCGCCGGGGCUCCGUGGGUUACAAGUGUGACCGAUGCGAGAUGAACUACUUCCACAGCAGGGCCACACACCAGUGUGAGGAGUGCCCCGUUUGCUACGGCCUCGUCAAGGAGAAGGCAGAAAAGAUGAGGACUCGCCUGCAGGAUUUGGAGAAGCUGCUGGCUCACUUUGGCUGCCGAGGGAGAUCCGGGAAGCAGCAGCACCCCCUGCUGAAGGGUCACAUGGCCAGGCUGUAUCAGGGGGAGGAGGCUCUGCCCAACGCUCUGGAGGAUUUCCUGGCCUUCCAAGAGGCUCGGGAGGCCUUCAUAAAACAAUUUUCUCUGCUUGGAGCUUCCCACGGCGCGCUCUUAGCCCAGCUGCACGGCAUUACAUCCGCGUUGAACUGCAGCAUCGGCGUGACGGAGGAAGAGGCGAAGGAGAGGAGGAAGAGGAAGGAGGAAGGGAGCAGGGGGGCGUGUCACACCUUCACACAAGCCGCGCUCGCGGUCGCCGCGUCUCAGAAGCGCCUCGAGGAGGCGACGCUGGACCUGGACAACAUGAUCUUUCCUUUUGAGGCGGCGUCGGAACCCAACGAAUGGAACACUUUGGUCAAUGACUCCCGGGCCCUGGUGAAAAGUCACAGAGAAACCGCGGAGCACAUCGAGGCCGCGGCCGGCAGGGCGGCCGGCGUGUCGGAGCGGACCCUGGCUCUCCUGCAGGAUCUUCUGCGGGACAACUCCACGGAGGAGUACGCCGGGAACCUGACGGAGCAGAUAACGCGGAUGCGGCGGCAGAGGGCCGACCUGACGUCGCGGGUUGACGACGCCGCCGCCGCCCUACAGCUGGCCCUGCGGGGGGAGGCGGCUGGUCUGAAGCCCGCCCUGGGUAACAUCACGUCGUCCUCCUUGCGUCAGACGCCCGAGCCGGACCAACCGCCCCCGACCAACCGCACGGCACCGACGGGGGAGGACCUGCUAAGACAAAAAGAAGAGCUGGACCAGCAGAUUCAGAUGAAGGACGAGCUCAUCGGAAAGAUCAGAGAGGAGGCGGAGCCUCUGAAACGCGCUGCCGGGGAAAAGAUGGAGGCGGUGGUUGACAUUAGUGAGACGCGAGCUCGCGCUGAGGGGGCAAAGGUCGUGGCUCUGUCGUCCGUGGUGACGGGGAAAGAGGUGGAGUCCGACGCCAUCGCCCUGCAUCGGGAACUGCAAUACAUGGUGAGGGAGUUUCCCCGCCGGCAGACCCAGACCAAGGCGGCCAUGAAGAAGACGAGACCCCUGGAGGAGAAGGUUCUAGCAGACGUCAGGAAAAGGGUCUCACAAAUUGAGAAGAUGCUGAAACCGGCGCUGGAGAACUCAAGCCUCUCCGGCAACGCCACGGAGGAAGCGGAAAGGAGAGCACACGCUGUGGCAAAGGAAUCCAAAGCCAUUCUGAGCCAGGCCAAGCAGGCCAGGACCGCGUCUGCUCACCUGGACUCCCACAUGGAGCCUGCUUUACAGCAGCUGGCUGAGCAGGAGACGCUGGCUGACUCGCUGCGCUCCCGGGUCCCCUCGGAGCCCGAGGUGUCCCUGGCCAGCGUUGUGGAGGACAUGGAGGCAGCCGAGCUCCAGCUAAAGGCCUAUUCCGCUACACUGACCGAGCUAAUCAGCAGCAUCGACGGGAACGUGCCGCUGGCGCGCUUCGACCGCAUUCUGGAGGAGACGGCGCGGCGCCUGGGGGUGCUGCGCGGGAGCGUCGAGAGCCCGGCGCUGGGCUCCAAGAUCCGGAGGCUGCAGUCGGCCGCCGAGGAGCAGCACAGCAGGAUGUCCGUCAUCGAGCAGGACCUGCAGGAGAUCCGGGAGGAGAGGGACAGUCUGAGGGACAUCGCUUUAAACCUGCCUCAGUCGUGCCCCGCAGGCCACAGGAGCAGGUAGAGGCUAGAUGUGUGUGCACUGCACUAGAAGACAGCAGAACAUCAUAGGAGUCAAGGGGGGUGGGGGGUCAUUUCCUAUUCUACUUAAGUUAUCUGUUCGAUCAUCUACAUUUAAGUGCGAUUCAUUCUACCACGCAUUUAGUUAAUAAAGUUUAUGGUCAUUUUUAUUAUUCUGCUUCACAAAAGUCAGAUAUAUCCUUUAAUUUCUCCCAUUUUUUCACACCCGAUCCUUGGUUUUCAUUCACCUUUCAUUAAUUUUUUCCCCCACUUGACAACGUCCAAAAUGUUUAAUUUCGCCGUGAAUAAUUAGCCAUCGUUCUGAACUGUCGAGUUUGAAAUAAUGCUUGUUUUCUUAUGUGUGGGGGUCAGCAGGUGAGUCGGCGGGGGGGGGGGGCUCCUGCGGACUGACGCCUUCAUUCACACUUGAGCUUCCUUUUGUCAGAGCGCUUUAAUUUAACAAUCCCGGGGGUCACGACCUUUGUGCCACUGGCUGGCUUCUGAUGGACGAAAUGUAAAAGCUUCAUUAAUAUUGUGAAUAUGACUCACGGAGGGAUGGGUUUAGCAAAGUGAUGUGCGAUGAACAUUUUGCAGUUUUUAAAUCACGUUGAAUACUUGAUACAGGAAUCAGAUUUAAGACAAACCACUUCCACAUUUACAUCUAUUAAUUGUUUUGAGUAUGUAGCAACCAUUUCAAAAUAAAGAAUACUUGAAAUA